GGUGAAGGAAACGUACCACCACUUCAACAAUCCGCCCUUCCACAGUGAAGUGGUCAAUUCCUGUUCUUCGGCCAUCGUUGACACCUUAUACUGACGGUGAUGAUGACUUGUAACUGACCAGCAAUUUUUUCUUCUGCAGCUAGACCACAUCAAGAUGUAUUUUCCGGGCAGGAUUGUUCUGGUUCUUGUCGGCCUGACUGCAGUUUUUAAAAGUAUUAUUGAAGGAACCACUCUAGACUGCGACUUUGAAGACCCAGCCCAAAGGCUCUGUAGUUGGGUGCAAUCGACAGAGGACAGUACGGACUUGGUUGUUAAUUCAGGGUCCACCCCAACUAGUAAGACUGGUCCGACUGCUGAUCACACCAUCGGAGACAUUAACGGAACCUACUUGUAUCGAGAGGCUGAUGAUCGAUCCGAUGGCCAAGAUGCAGUUCUUAUCAGUCCAGUAGUCAAUGUUUCAUCGGGAGGCUCAUUAUGUUUCACUUUCUGGUACAGUAUGUUCGGAUAUAGAUCAGGAUCUCUGAAUGUAUACGCGAGUCCGGUCGAACCAGGCAGCAUGAGCACGCUACUGUUCAGUAUUUCUGGUCAGCAGACUGGCCAAAAUGCGUGGCUACAAGCUCAAGUUGAUUUGUCCAAUCAAACAUCAGCUUUCAAUGUGUCUGUUGAACUGAAAACCAUCAAUGCGAUGCGUGGCGACAUUGCAAUUGAUGACCUUGCAUUUGUUGAAAGUGAAUGUGCAAAUGUAAGCUUAUCCUUCAACUGCAGUUUUGAUGAAGGGCCGUGUGGUUGGACUCAAUCCAUGGCUGAUGAUUUGAAUUGGACAUUAGAACGAGGAGCUACAGAGACUUCUAAUACCGGACCAGCAACAGAUCACACUACUGGAAAUGAAUUUGGAUUGUACUUCUAUUUCGAGGCUAAUAGCAUAUCAACUGAUGACAGAGCGUUACUUCUAAGCCCAACAGUUGCUGGUUCACAACAAGACGAUUCGUGGUGUUUCAGUCUAUGGUACAGCAUGUACGGUCAGCAGAUAGGUACCGUAAAUGUGUACUCGAUUCCCUCGAGCGCAAGUUUGAGUACACAAACUCCAAUCUUCUCCAUAACAGGACAAACAAAUGGUUUUCGGGUGUGGCUACAAGCGAUGGUUAAUGUUAAUCAAACAAGUGAUUUUAUGCUAGCCCUAGAGGCUGUCUAUGGGACUGGCCCAUUUGGUGAUAUUGCAAUUGACGAUGUCGCCAUUUCUGAAGGGGCUUGUUCGUCAGCUACCAAUGAUGAUAAUGUGGAUUUCAACUGCGACUUUGAGGAAGGCUAUUGCGGAUGGAGUCAACCGACUGAUGACAGCGCUAAUUGGGCUUUGGAGCGAGGGGCAACAUACACAACUAAUACUGGACCGGACUUUGAUCACACCAUUGGUGGAGAAAAUGGAAUUUACUUGUUCUUGGAAACCCAUGGAGUGAGCGUUGGGGCUAGUGCUGUCUUGUUAAGUCCUGUUGUGUCUAACGUUACUGGAAAACACGAAUUCACUUUCUGGUACAACAUGUUUGGGUUUCAAACAGGUGAUCUCAAUGUGUCUGUGACGCCAGUGAGUGGUAACAUAAGCCAAGGCUUUUUGAUCUUUUCUCGAAUUGGUCAGCAAACGAAUAGUGUAACCUGGCUACAGGCAACGGUUGCGUUGACUAGUCUGCCAGCAAGCUUCAGGAUUGCAUUUGAGGCCACAACUGCCGGAACAUGGAGAUCUGACAUUGCCAUUGAUGACAUCUCCUUUGAAGAUGCUGAAGCCCCGGCAGUCACUUGUCCUAGUAGUGUCCCUUCCAUGAGUACAGACAGUGGACUGUCAACUGCCACGGUACCCUGGUCACCACAGCCAUCAGUUACUGACAAUGUGGACGUCUUGGAUUCCAGUAACAUCACAUGUCAAGAUGAAGCUGGCAACAUUGUAGUGUCCAAUGGAACUUAUGUAUUAGGUUUGACAACAGUGACAUGCAAUGCUACUGAUAUCGCUGGCAAUGAAGGGUCAUGCAAUUUCACCAUUACAGUCAUAGAUACUGAAUCUCCGGAAGUCACUUGUCCAUGUAGUGUCCCAUCCAUGAGUACAGACAGUGGAAUGUCAACUGCCAAUGUACCCUGGUCACCACAGCCUUCAGCUACUGACAAUGUGGACGUAUUGGAUUCCAGUAAUAUCACAUGUCAAGAUGAAGCUGGCAACAUUGUAGUGUCCAAUGGAACUUAUGCAUUAGGUUUGACGACAGUGACAUGCAAUGCUACUGAUGUCGCUGGCAAUGAAGGGUCAUGCAAUUUCACCAUUACAGUCAUAGAUACUGAAGCUCCGGAAGUCACUUGUCCAAGUAGUGUCCCAUCCAUGAGUACAGACAGUGGAAUGUCAACUGCCAUUGUACCCUGGUCACCACAGCCUUCAGCUACUGACAAUGUGGACGUAUUUGAUUCCAGUAACAUCACAUGUCAAGAUGAAGCUGGCAACAUUGUAGUGUCCAAUGGAACUUAUGGAUUAGGUUUGACGACAGUGACAUGCAAUGCUACUGAUGUCGCUGGCAAUGAAGGGUCAUGCAAUUUCACCAUCACAGUCAUAGAUACUGAAUCUCCAGAAGUCACUUGUCCAAGUAGUGUCCCAUCCAUGAGUACUGACAGUGUACUGUCAACUGCCAUUGUACCCUGGUCACCACAGCCAUCAGCUACUGACAAUGUGGACGUAUUUGAUUCCAGUAACAUCACAUGUCAAGAUGAAGCUGGCAACAUUGUAGUGUCUAAUGAAACUUAUGCAUUAGGUUUGACGACAGUGACAUGCAAUGCUACUGAUGUCGCUGGCAAUGAAGGGUCAUGCAAUUUCACCAUUACAGUCAUAGAUACUGAAGCUCCGGAAGUCACUUGUCCAAGUAGUGUCCCAUCCAUGAGUACAGACGGUGGACUGUCAACUGCCAUUGUACCCUGGUCACCACAGCCAUCAGCUACUGACAAUGUGGACGCAAUUGAUUCUAGUAACAUCACAUGUCAAGAUGAAGCUGGCAACAUUGUAGUGUCCAAUGGAACUUACGCAUUAGGUUUGACAACAGUGACAUGCAAUGCUACUGAUGUCGCUGGCAAUGAAGGGUCAUGCAAUUUCACCAUCACAGUCAUAGAUACUGAAUCUCCGGAAGUCACUUGUCCAAGUAGUGUCCCAUCCAUGAGUACUGACAUUGGACUGUCAACUGCCAUUGUACCCUGGUCACCACAGCCAUCAGCUACUGACAAUGUGGACGUAUUUGAUUCCAGUAACAUCACAUGUCAAGAUGAAGCUGGCAACAUUGUAGUGUCCAAUGGAACUUAUGCAUUAGGUUUGACGACAGUGACAUGCAAUGCUACUGAUGUCGCUGGCAAUGAAGGGUCAUGCAAUUUCACCAUCACAGUCAUAGAUACUGAAGCUCCGGAAGUCACUUGUCCUACUAGUGUCCCUUCCAUGAGUACAGACAGUAGAAUGUCAACUGCCAUUGUACCCUGGUCACCACAGCCUUCAGCUACUGACAAUGUGGACGCAAUUGAUUCUAGUAACAUCACAUGUCAAGAUGAAGCUGGCAACAUUGUAGCGUCCAAUGGAACUUAUGCAUUUGGUUUGACGACAGUGACAUGCAAUGCUACUGAUGUCGCUGGCAAUGAAGGGUCAUGUAAUUUCACCAUCACAGUCAUAGAUGUUGAAGCCCCUGUGAUUGCAUACUGUCCUCAAAAUAUGGUAAAUGAGACAGCCGAGGCAACACUGAGCUUCACGUGGACUCCACCAAACGCAACCGAUAACGUCGACUCGACGGAAAAUAUAACAGUUUCCUCAUCACAUAACCCUGGGGAUAACUUCACUGCUGUUCAGGUCACAGAGGUCACAUAUGCAUUCACGGAUACUGCAAACAACACGGCAACAACAUGUGUCUUCAACAUUACUGUGAUUGAUAUUGGUGUUCCUGUGUUUAUCACAUGCCCAAAUAGGCUGCAGUAUACACUUGCGGCAGGACAGAGCAGGGCUCUUGUCGAUUUUGCCGUACCGAGAGUUGAGGAUAAUUCUGGUGAAGUAAUCGUUCCGGUGUCUGACCCACAAAUUAUGCUCCCAGCGUAUUUCUCCUCUGGAGAAAUGUUGAUCAGCUACAAUGCAACAGAUGCGUCGGGAAACAGUGCUGAACCUUGUGUCUUUACUUUGAUUAUUAAUGAUGAAGAGAGUCCAGUAUUCACUGGCUGUCCACAGUCUUCCGUGCACCCUCUCGCUACCGACCCCGGUAACAACACGGCCAGCUAUGAGUGGGUUGCUCCUAUGGCUACAGAUAACGUCGCAGUUACCGCAGUCAAUUCGUCCUAUACAAGUCCAGCAUUGCUUCCCAUUGGAAAUACCACCAUCCAAUACAUUGCUUAUGACGCUGCUGGAAAUACUGCCAUAUGCGAAUUUGAAGUUCAAGUUGUUGACUUGGAAGCUCCUACUAUUACCGGAUGUCCAGCUGAUAUAACCAACAUAACUGACACUGGCUUGAGUAAUGCCACUGUCUACUGGCAAGAGCCCACAUUCACUGACAAUGACAGAGUAUCUGCAAAUGAAAGUACACACAGGCCAGGUGACGUAUUCCCACUGGGGAACACCACCGUCAUGUACAAUGUCACUGAUAUCUCCGGUAACAUGGCAAACUGCACAUUCCUGGUCACCGUCCAAGAUGAUGAGCCGCCCACAUUCUCCAAUUGUCCACAGGUUAUACUAACUGGUACGGAUCCUGGCGAAGCCACAAGAAACGUCACAUGGGUGACACUGGAGUACCAGGACAAUGUUGGUGUGGAUAAUGUGGUCAGCAGCCACGAGUCUGGCGACACUUUCAACCUUGGAAACACCAGUGUGACUAUCUCUGCAACGGAUGAAGCACAGAAUACCGCCAACUGCUCUUUUGUCGUCACUGUGGUCGACGAUGAACCACCACGUUUCAACAUCUGUCCCGGCAAUGUAGUCAACACCACUGACCCUGGAAUGAAUUCAUCCGUCCUAUAUUGGCAAGAGCCUGUAGUCACGGAUAAUGUUAGAGUUGUCACCAACGGUAGUUCCCACAGCCCUGGUGAUAUCUUUCCUCUUGGGAGCACCAAUGUCACUUACAAUGUCAGUGACGGCGCUGGGAACACCAACAACUGCUCAUUCGUCGUGCUUGUAGAAGAUGACGAACCUCCUGAGUUACUGUGUCCAAUUUAUGUGGUCAACAGCACGGAUCCUAGUCAGAAUUCCUCUGUUGUCUUCUGGGAAGAUCCCAUGUUCACUGACAAUGUUGGUGUCGUUAGAAAUGAAAGCUCUCAUAGUCCAGGCGACAUGUUCCCCUUGGGGAACACCACCGUUACCUACACAGUCAGUGACAGCGCUGGGAACAUGGCCAACUGCUCAUUUCUUGUUAAUAUUGAAGACAAAGAAGCUCCCAUGUUUAUCAGUUGUCCGGCCGAUUCAUUCAACACCACAGCACCCAGCCAGAAUUCAACUGCCGUCUACUGGCGGGAACCUUCUUUCUCAGACAAUGUCGGCAUCACAAGUAACGUCAACACUCACAGUCCAGGGGACGUGUUUAUAUUCGGGAACACUACUGUCACUUACACUAUCAGCGAUGAAGCUGGAAACAUGAACAAUUGCUCUUUCGUUGUGACUGUUGAGGACAUUGAAGAUCCAACCGUGUCCAAUUGUCCAACCGACCGAGUCAACGGUACUGAUCCUAGCCUGAGUUCAUCCCUCGUCUACUGGCAAGAGCCGAUUUUCUUUGACAAUGUGGCUGUUGCUGGUGACGAAAACACACACGAUCCAGGAGAUGUGUUUCUUUUGGGAAACACCACUGUUACCUACACUGCCACUGACGGCUCUGGAAACAGAGUCAAUUGCUCAUUUGUCGUCACUGUUGAAGAUACCGAGGCUCCACUUUUCAGCAGCUGCUCGAGCAUCACAGUUGCAGUGGAUCCCGGACAAGCCACAUCGACACUGCAGUGGAUGUUACCUGAAGCCUCUGAUAACGUAGCUGUGACAAUGAACAGCUCCACCUACCAACCUGAUGACAGUCUACCCUUGGGGAGGACGCCAGUGGCAUACAUUGUUUACGAUGCUGCUGGGAAUAAUGCCACCUGCAAUUUCGAUAUAACUGUUGAAGACAAUGAGAUGCCUAACAUUACCUACUGCCCCAUGGACGUCACUCUGAACACUACUCGAGGCCAAUCAACAGCAGUCUACACAAUGCCCACGCCUGUCUGCCAUGACAACGCAGGGUCUGUAACUCUGACAGCAUCCAAGUCUGAUGAAGAAUACAGCAUUGGCGACACUCCUGUCACUAUCGCCUGCCUUGACGAGGCGGGAAAUAUUGACGUCUGCGAUUUUACAGUCACUGUUCUAGAUGUGGAGUUGCCACGACUGUCAAUGUGCCCUGAUGACAUAGAAGCCUUUGCAGAUCCAGGCAUGAAUGCAACCAUCACGUGGACCCCGCCCACGGCUCAAGACAACUCUGGAGCUGUAGACGUCACUUCCAAUUACAGUCCUUUGGACAGGUUUAUGAAUGGGACAUAUCUUGUGAUCUACACAGCCACAGAUCUGUCUAGCAAUGCAGUCAGUUGUAACUUUACCAUUACUGUGUAUCCAAGUGACAACUUAGCUCCAAUGGCCGUCAGCUGUCCCAAUGACACCAUCAUACCCGCAGAUCCUGGCGUAAAUUUUACCGUUGUCACAUGGCCACCCGUUGUUAUCAGUGACAAUGUUGGUGUGACAUCUCUUGACGUGUCACAUCCCAACGGGUCGACGUUCUACAUUGGAUCUGUGAUGGUUAGUUACAUUGCUUCAGAUCUUGCCGGUAACACAGCGAGUUGUAACUUCACUGUGACUGUCGAAGAUACCGAACCACCCGUGAUCACCAAUUGUUCAGGCGACAUCGUGGCAUUCACCGCACCAAACUCUAACGGAGCCAGCGUCACUUGGGACGAUCCUAAAGUCAUUGAGAAUGACGUCUACUCCAUCAUGCAGACUCCCUCCCCUGGUCAUUUAUACCUGGCUGGAAAUACAACGGUCAUUUAUUUUGUCCGCGAUCGCAGUGGUCUGAAUGACACUUGCGAGUUCCUCGUCACAGUUCUAGACAAUCAACCUCCAGUUUUCAGAGAUUGUCCCUCUAAUAUGAUGAUACCUACGGAUGCUGGUUCUGCCAAUGCUACUAUCUUCAUGAUGCAACCAGAAGCCGAUGACAAUGUUGGCAUCAUCAGUAUCACUAACAGCACAGCUCCUGGGACAGUUGUAGACCUUGGCGAGACUCUAUCGGUUGUAUACGUUGCUUACGAUGCUGCAGGGUUUAACGACACCUGCCAGUUUGAAAUCACUGUCGUAGACGAAGAAGACCCCAUGAUUCUCAAUUGUCUUGGAGAUGUCGUCAUCAAUACAACAUUAGGUACAUCCCGCGCUCAGGCAUUCUGGAAUGAACCCACUGCUACCGACAACUCUGGCUCAGUCACUGUAACUGCAACCAACAGACCAGGCGAUGUAUUUGAAAUCGGAUCAACGGAUAAUACCUACAUUGCUUUGGACGGAGCUGGCAACGUCGACUCUUGCACAUUCCGCAUUAUUGUUGAAGAUUUGGAAGAUCCAACGUUAACGAUGUGCCCAAUGGAUGUAGACAUCUUUACGCCCCCGGGCACAAACAUAUCCGUUACAUGGACUCAGCCAACAGCCGCGGACAAUUCUGGUAGUGUAAACCUGUCUUCAAACUACAGCCCAGGAGAUAGGUUUGUGAAUGGCACGUACAUCGUGACUUAUACGGCUGCCGAUGCAUCUGGUAAUACUGUCAACUGUUCCUUCAUCGUCAGAGUGAAUUCCACGGAUACGGAACCACCAAUGAUCAUCUGCCCUUCAGAUGUGACAGUUCCCGCUGACAAUGGUACCAAUUCGACAGUUGUGACAUGGCCCCCACCGCCAUACAUGGACAACAACAGAGUAGUAUCCGUCAGCGUCUCAAAGGAAAACGGAAGUUUGUUCUACAUUGGAACUGAGGUUGUGGAGUACGUAGCCUACGACGUAGUAGGCAACAAUGAUACCUGUAGCUUCAGGGUCACAGUUACAGAUAUGCAAGAUCCAGUUGUAGUGAACUGUCCCGUCAAUGUAAAUCAAACAACCGAUGUAGGCCAAGCCUUUGCGACAGUCUCAUGGAUCGAGCCAACGAUUACCGACAAUUCUGGGUCCAUUGACAUUGAUCGUUCUCACCCAUCGCCAUCAGCAUUCCCAGUUGGGACAACCGAAGUGGUCUACUUAGCAUCCGACAACUCAUCCAACUCUGUAAUGUGUGCCUUUAACGUCACAGUCACUGAUAACGAGAGCCCGAUGUUUGAUUGUCCUUCGGACCUCACCAACUCCACUUUGCCCGGCCGGUUUGUAGGCACUUUCUCCAUUGCCGUCACGGCAACUGAUAACGUCAAUGUGACGUUCUCCAACUCCACUCACCAGCCCGGUGACGAGCUUGCAGUCGGUACUACUCAUGUUGAGUACUACGCUCAGGACGAGGCAGGCAAUGAGGCAAUCUGCCGCUUCACUGUAACAAUUAAAGAUGACGAGAAACCCCAGAUUCUAAACUGUUCGUCAGACGUGUAUGCCAACACGAGUCGGGGUUCCGACAUGGCGAUUCUGGAGUGGGCUCAGCCUGAAGCAAUGGACAAUUCUGGCAUGGUGACUCUGACUAGCGACAGAAAUGUCAACGGCAUGUAUCCAAUCGGAGGCACCGUCGUCAACUACAAUGCAUUAGACUCAUCCGGCAACUUUGAAACCUGCCAGCUAACUAUUCAUGUCUAUGACAUGGAAGACCCAAUGAUAACUUGCCCCCGAAAUAUUGAGGUCUUCGCGGACAAUGGCACCACCAUUCGCCUCAACUGGACGCUACCGACAGCCAGUGAUAAUUCUGGCAGAUUGACCCUGAACAUUACCCAUCAGCUGAACUCGGAGUUCCCGGUCGGUACCACCGAUAUCACGGUCGCAGCCACUGACCCAUCUGGAAAUUCAGCCAACUGUACAUUCAGUGCCAUUGUCUAUCCAAACGACAGCGACAUGCCAAUGAUCAUAUGCCCUCCAGACGUCUCAGGGCCCACUGAUCAGGGAGUGAAUUCAACAAACUUGACUUGGAUCGCCCCUCAGUACCGAGACAAUCAGGAGAUUGUGGUGUUUGAUGUCAGUCACCAGAACGGCAGCCGUUUCUACCUUGGUACCACCUUCGUCACCUAUUUCAUCGCUGAUCGUGCAGGGAAUAAUGCCUCUUGCAGUUUUAGGGUACACGUUGUAGAUACAGAAAAGCCGGUCUUUUUGGACUGUGCCCAUGAUGUCUUCAUCUCGAACGGGUCCCGAGUCUUUAAUUGGACCCAGCCGACCGUGGUUGAUAAUUCUGGAGGAUCUGUUAAUGUCACCAGCAACUAUCCAUCUGGAGUGCAAUUCCUGCUUGGUGACAAGGUCGUUCUUUUCACUGCCGAGGAUGAAAGCGGAAACCGUGCCACUUGCAAUUUCACAGUAUUUGUUGAAGACUUGGAACCUCCAGUGUUCUCAAGCUGUCCCAAUGGCAUUGAGCUGUACCUGUACAAUGACAGUACCAAUGCAACGGCAACCUGGACUGAACCGAGCGCUUCUGAUAAUGCAGGCAACUUCACUCUUGAGCAGCAGUUCUUUCCUGGAGAUGCGUUUUCGUUUGGCAUCACUGAAGUCGUUAUCAAUGCUACAGAUGAAGCAGGCAACACAGUGGCAUGUGUUUUUAACGUCACUGUCUUUGAUCUGUCACCUCCUGUCAUUGUCGGUUGUCCGGGAAACGUGAGCACCAACACCGACCCUAGUAAGCCGACAGCCAAUGUCUCAUGGUCGGUAGUCAUGGCCCAGGACAACAUUGAAGUGGCAUCUGUGAUUCCUAGCCAGGAAUCGGGGACUGCAUUCCCGGUUGGUAUGACCCAGGUGAUCUAUACUGCCACAGACACAUCGGGGAACACUGAUGAAGACAACUGCAGCUUCUAUGUUCAAGUGACAGAUAAUGAGGCCCCAAUGUUUGUGGAUUGUCCCAGUGACAUGACGUUCCCCACAGACGCUGGUAGCGAUGAAGCUUCUGUCAGUUGGACCGUUCCAACAGCCGUUGACAAUGUCAACGUGACUGUCUUUGAAGCGUCCCACCAGCCUAAUGACAAUUUCUCACUGGGUACGAGGGAUGUGAUGUACAGGGUCGCCGACAGUGCAGGCAACAACAACACGUGCACUUUUACUAUUACAAUAAACGAUGAGGAGGGUCCAGUCUUCCAAAACUGUCCAGACAACGUUACCGUGGAGACUGACCCAGGAAGUGAUAUGGCUAUCGUCACGUGGGAUGCACUGGUUGCCAUUGACAACGGCGGUGCAGCGGUAUCGCCGACCAGCAACAGUCGGUCGGGUGAUUCCUUUAGCAUUGGUUCCACAACGGUGUCGUACGUCGUGGCAGAUCCCAACAACAAUAUUGGAAGAUGUGAAUUUGAGGUCAUAGUGGUUGACAAGGAGCUCCCCGAGUUCUCCAUCUGCCCCUCUGACGUGGAAGUGAUCGCCACGAGAGCAAAUAACACAUCAUUUGCCAACUGGACAGACCCCGUUGCCACCGAUAACUCUGGAUCCGUCAACGUCUCGUUGCCGUCCCGAAUGCCUGCACAGUUUCCAAUUGGGAGAAGCCCUGUUGUCUACACGGCAACCGAUCCAUCUGGAAACUCAGCAAAUUGUUCAUUCAACAUAAUUGUCUUUUCCAUGGACAUGCUCAUGAUAGCCUGUCCAGCUGAUGUGAUCCUCUCAUCCGACCCUGGUUUGAAUAGUACCAGGAUUUCAUGGCCCGCACCGAUCUAUAACAGCAGCUUGCUGGCAGACCUUAGCAGCACCCAUGCCAAUAACAGCCGCUUUGAGGUGGGACAAACUGUGGUCGUUUACACCAUUACAGACACUGAUGGAAGAAAUGCUAGUUGUGACUUCUUCGUAACUGUUACAGGACACGCAGCCCCGUUCUUUACGUCUUGCCCGUCCAACGUUGUGACCAACACCACAAUGGGACAAAGCUAUGCUGUGGUUACAUGGACUGUACCACAGGCCCAGGAUGAUGACAGCAUACCUAUUGUCAUUGAGAUGAAUGGCUACACGCCAGGCAGGCAGUUCACUAUGGGAAUGUGGAUGGUCACGUACGUGGCAACGGACUCCAUCGGACAGACUGCAACUUGUGAAUUCAACAUCACUGUGCUAGAUCAAGAAGAUCCAGUGAUCCAGGGCUGUCCUGCAGACAUUAACAAGAUCACCUUAGACAACGCCCCAAUAAUCAUCAUGUGGACUCCGCCCACAGCCAGAGACAAUUCAGGAGAGUACACGCUCCUAGCCAACGAGAACCACACGCCAGGAGAAACAUUGAAUGUUGGAACGUAUGAGGUCUUCUAUAAGUCACGGAUCCAAGCGGAAACACAGCCCUUUGCCAAUUUGAAAUUAUUAUCGAAAGUAAACGACGCCCCUCCAGAGUUCACCUCUUGUCCUCCUAGCACCUCCGUGUCCACCGAUCCUGGCCAGUCCUACGCCACAGUCGGCUUCUCCUACCCCAGCCCCACUGAUGAUCGCAGCAACCCUUCGCUGUUUGGCAGUCACGCGCCUGGGCAUCAGUUCCCAAUCGGUGACACCACCAUCACUUACACAGCCUACGACUCGGCUGGUCAGUCUGCAGAGUGUGUCUUUGUCAUUACUGUCCAAGAUCGCGGCGACCCUGUCAUCAUUGGCUGUCCAUCCGACCAAACCGUCUGUGUUCUGUCCACGACCGACGUAGCUGCCGUGUACUGGACACCUCCAACGGCAAAUGACACAAGUAACUUUACCCUGACGUCUACUAAGGACCCUGGGGAUACCUUUGAGUCUGGUUCCACCCGUGUCACGUACGCAGCAACAGACUCUUUUGGUAACAUGGACACUUGCUCUUUUUCCGUGAUUGUGCAAGAAACACUCCCAACGUACGAGACUGUUGGUAGUGUUGAGUUUAUCAGUAUUGGUUCCAUGGUCAGCCCAUUUACUUCCAGCGAUGUGGCAAUGAGACUUGCUACUUUAAGGGAUGAUAUGGAUGCACUUUUCCGGAGGAGUUCAGUCAGCAGUGACUUUGCUGGCAUCACCCUCACUGGGAGCUCAGUAGAAACCAGUGACAAAGCCCUCAUUGAGUUUGACAUUUUCUUCACUGGUUCCCCUGCCCCCAAUGAUACGCAGAUAACAGAAGCGUUCUAUGCCGCCGUUGGACCAGUUGAGAACCAAUUUGAGACUGGGAAUGAGAUCAGACCUGGCACAUUCAUGCUGAGUUUUACCGAGUGUCAACAGACGCUGUGUGAGAAUGGAGGUAGUUGUGUCCCGCAAGGUAGCUCCUUCAUCUGCAUGUGUACAUCAUUCUGGACAGGGGACUAUUGUGAAACAGACGUCAAUGAGUGUAUUGAGAAUAAUCCGUGUGCCAGCGACCGCGUCUGCAUCAAUCUUCAAGGCAGCUUCUUGUGCGGAUGUCCUGCUGGCUUCUUUCUUGUUGGAGACACGUGUAUGGCAACAUCUGAGUUCAGUGGGACUUUUGCCAUCACCCGCAUUGGCAGCUCAGAGGCAAGAUUUACCCCAGAUCUGGAAGAUCCAACAUCAGACCGAUACGAGAGAUUAGUUGGAGAUGUCACUAGUGUGCUGGACAGUAUCUUCUCAGAUGAGAGCUCAUACGUCGGAUCUCGUGUCCUCGGCAUGUCUAGCGGCAGCAUCAUGAUCCGAUACGUCCUUGUCUUCACUGAGGACACCAGCAUGAAUGAGGACGCAGUUACCAGGCAGAUGAGUAGCAGUGUCUCAGCGGACGGGGAGAUUGGAAGCAGUGCCCUUUACAUCAGACUGUCAUCACUGACCAUCGCUAGCCACAUUUGCCCUUCCGGCUUCUGUAAGAAUGGCGGCAGAUGCUCACCAGAUCCUAUCACUUACGAAAACACCUGCACAUGUGAGAGUUUGUACUCCGGCAACCGCUGUGAGAUCAUGGAUGCUUGGUCACCACUGGCCAUUGCCAUGAUAGCAGUUGCCGUGGCACUGUUCCUAAUCCUGACUGGUCUGUUCAUCUCGUGCUGCAUCUUCCUCUGCAAACGUCUUGAUAAGGAGCAACCCAAGCAUCCACACACUCGUGAUGUCCAGCAGCGUUACUCGUUCCCGACGACGUCAUGGCCUGUGCCUCUACAGCAGUCAUCAUCGGCCACGGAGCCCCCAUGCUACCCUAAAGGCAGUUACCCAAUAAGCUUUGCCUCGCUUUCAAGGAGUGUGUAUUCUCGUGGUGGCAAUCACAGCCUCACAGAAAAUGUUCGGGAUAACCCAGGAUCCUCCACAUUCAUGCGACCUUAUGUGGCAACGGGUCAAGAGGCUAUUGUGAGUGUACCACAUCCAUCGUCAAGUUCCGUGUAACUCGAAGCCAGGAUUUAGUUUGCACCCACAAGACGUUUCGACUGAGGUAUCUACUUGUCGGCAUGAUUGGGGAUAAACCGAAAUAAGAUAGCACCACCUACUUAUACUCCUUCUGUCCUGAUAAUUUCAAAUAAUGUUGAGAACUCUCCAAAUGGUUUAUUUAAAUUUUGUCAAAGAAUAUAGAAUUGGUCAAGCACAUAUUUCGUAUCUCCAAAAAAAAUCCCAUAAAUUCCUUCCAAUUUUGUUUUCUGAAAUCAUGCUUGCAACUUCUUGAAAAGUCUUGCUGGCCAAUUUGCAAGUUCAUUAUAAAAUGUAAAUGGACAACACAACAGAAAUUUUCUCUCAUCAUAACCAGCAACUGAAAAUAGUCAUUGAGCCUUUCUUAAGAGAACAUGGCUUUUUGUUAAACCUUGUAGAAAAUGAUGCUUGGCUGAAAAUUGCAUUUUUUACGAGAGUAUUUUUGAGCGAAAACAUCUAGAUAUUGAUAGUAAGUAAUGGGUUUCCGUUUACUUAAAAAAACACCAAAAAAACCUUUGUGAACAAUUAACUUGAACCAAGCUUGCCAGCACGAUAGGAUGACAGAGUAAUGAAAAGACAAUGAAAAAAAUACGAGAAGUAAAUGAAUUAAGCUCAUUAAAAAUGAACGUUUUGUAUUAAUAAUGGAAUUUGUUGGGUUUUGCCCUUGGACUGGCCAGCUGACCCUGGCAAGCUCAGUGGUCGAGUGGUAAGACAUCUGCAGUAGUAAGCAGGAGGUCGUGGGUUCAAAUCCUACCCAAAUAAGCUUGUGACGUUUUUUUCUCACAAGUGUUGUCCCUCGGACAACACUGAUGUAGUGUUUAUGACAAUAUGGCGCAGAAGGGCAAAAUCCACUAUUAAUUGAAAUUCUAACCAAUUCAAUCGAUUUUUUAAAAUAUUGAUUAAGCAGUGAAGCUAGUUUAACUGAAAGUAAUGUAAAGGCCAGUUCAUACUCGGCACGAAAGCGAACGCGAACUUGUGACAUCUCGCCAAGCUUUUGCUAUAUGCUUUUGCAAAAGUUGAGCACAUUUCAACUCCGGCGAAUUUUGCAGCAAAUGUUUCUGAUGUCCAAUAUUUCUCGCAUUCGCAUUUACGUUAAGUAUAAACCAGUCUUAAUAAAAACAUCUAUAAUUUGGAGAUAUUACAAAUGUUUAGCUGUAGCAGUUAUUUUUUAUAUUAUAUUUCUUGCUUGUGUAUCAAAGCCUAACCAUUUAAAAAAAAAUUAUCUGUAGUAAUUGUGUUGCUCUUUUGGUUUGGGUAUUUAAUGUCAAAUUACACUUUAUGUUUUAAGCUUUGUGUAACAGUUUGAGUUUUACAGAACUAACAUUUCAGGGCUAUCAAUCGUUCAAGGAAAUAUUAAGGACAAAAAACCAAGACCAAAGACAAGUUCUUUUAGAACUAAGCAGGCCUGUGACUGUUCUUAUCAGAACUAAAACCUACUUAGCGAAAGAUGAUAAUAAGCAGGACAAGCAGGAGAAUCUUAUCAGAACUAAAUAUCUACUGAGCGACAGUAGUUAUUACCACAUGGUGUUACCGCAAACAGAACAAUACAGAUACUCCACCAUGCAAAGCCUAAAAUCUUACAACAAAAUACCUAAUUCAGCCAUACAGUCAGUGGCGGAUCUAGGGGGUGCGGAGGGGGCGCUACGCCCCCGGCCAUUUUUCACUUGUGAGAGCCCUCCCCCCCCCCCCCAUUUUAAUUUUGCAUUAAUCUCAUAGUUUUUUAAAAGUAACAUGAAUGUAUUUUUUAUUCUAACAAAUUUUAGAGGUUUUUAGUUUAUUGCUAAUAUUUAUUCAGCGUAAAGCGCCUUGAGCAUCAUUUUGACGGAGUGGGGGGGGGGGGGAGAGGGCCCCCCCCCCCCCAUUUUAAUUUUGUAUUAAUCUCAUAGUUUUUUAAAAGUAACAUGAAUGUAUUUUUUAUUCUAACAAAUUUUAGAGGUUUUUAGUUUAUUGCUAAUAUUUAUUCAGCGUAAAGCGCCUUGAGCAUCAUUUUGACGGAGUUUGGUGAUAAAACUGGAUGACAGGAUAGUUAAACUAGUCGUGAAAACGACUAUAUUGGUCAUAUUAGACUUUCGGCAAAGUUAUUUUCGCUCAUGGCGAGCAACAUAGUUGAAUGGAGCAAAGAUAGUACAGAUUAAUUAGUAUAGGCUGAUAGUACAUACACUGUGAACAAGUAUCAAUGGAUAUAAUCCCAAGUAACAAGGGAUGUUCAUUGUUAGCGCACCAUUUUUCUUUUGUUAGCCGUUCACAGUGAAAGUACAGACUGAAUGACACAUCUCACUUGGCAUGUGUAGUCUCCUUUGCAGUUGAAUUGCGGCUUUACUAUUCGGAACAACUGGCACAAGUAACAAGGGCCUUGUCAAAAGGCUAGAACCCUAUACAUAUACUUCUGGUUGUUUUUGCAGUUAUAUAACUUUGUAAUUUUUCAAUGUAAUUGAAUGAACAAAAUUACACUCCGCAGAGGCCAUUUUUUUUAAUUAAAAAAGGACAAGAAAUCAAAGAUUGUUCUUGCUAUUAUAAUUUAUUUUUCAACUUUGGAUAAUAGUUAAUGUCACAAUUUAACACAUUCUUUUGUUUCAAAUUCAUGUCAGUAUUUAGAUAAAAUUGAAAUGGAUUAAUUUUUUUAAUUUGCUGAAUUGUUUUAGCAAAUGUCACAAUGAGUUGAUUUGGGAAUCACUGAGAACUGAAGAUUGCUCAAUAUGCUGCAGAAUGCUGUAACAAA